AUGACAGAAGUGAAGAGAAAGGUGUUUGGGCAGAUGCCCCAGGAGGAAGGAGGAGGAGUGGUUGAAAAGUUCAUCUUGAAGUCUGACAGCGUGAAAGUGGAGAUCCUGUCCUUAGGGUGCAUAAUUGCUGCUCUGGAGACAAAAGGCAGGGAUGGGGAGUUUUCAGAUGUUGUCCUAGGCUUUGACACCUUGGAAGGUUACACAAGGAAGCACCCCUACUUCGGCGCCAUCGUGGGGCGUGUUGCCAACAGGAUUGCGAAUGGAAGGUUCGCCGUGAAUGGGAAGGAGUAUCAGCUGUUCCUCAACAACGGGCCCAACAGCCUGCAUGGAGGAGCCAGGGGAUUUGACAAGGUUCUCUGGAGCCCCCAGGUCCUCCAAAAUGGUGUCUGCUUUUUCCGGCUCAGUCCUGAUGGUGAGGAAGGCUAUCCGGGUGACCUGAAAGUCUGGGUGACUUACACACUCAGUGGCGGGGAGCUGGCCAUCAACUAUCGAGCCCAGACCAGCAAGACAACACCCAUCAACCUGACCAAUCAUGCAUACUUCAACCUCGCAGGGCAGGGCUCGCAGGAUAUCUAUGACCACGAGAUUUCUGUUGAAGCAGAUUCCUCCCUGCCUGUGGACGACACCAAGAUCCCUACUGGUGGGUGGUGCGGUGCCCGCGGUUCGGUGGAGGCGGUUUUACGGAUGAGUUUUUGUGGGUAUCGGGGAACAGCGCUGCCUGGCCAGGAGUGA